AUGUCUACCGAAGGUCAAAUCAUCAAAUGUAAGGCAGCUGUUGCCUGGGAGGCAGGAAAGGAUCUCUCUAUUGAGGAGAUUGAGGUUCUUCCUCCAAGAGCCCAUGAAGUUAGAGUGAAAGUGGAAUUCACUGGUGUAUGCCACACUGAUGCUUACACGCUUUCUGGUGCAGAUGCAGAGGGAAGUUUCCCUGUUGUGUUCGGCCAUGAAGGUGCUGGUGUUGUCGAGUCAGUUGGAGAAGGUGUUGAGUCCGUGAAGGUUGGGGAUUCUGUAGUGCUUCUGUACACUCCUGAGUGCAGAGAGUGCAAGUUCUGUCUGUCUGGUAAGACGAACCUCUGUGGUAAAAUCAGAGCCACCCAGGGUAAAGGUUUGUUACCAGACGGGACUUCUCGUUUCCGUUGUAAGGGCAAGGAUUUGUUUCACUAUAUGGGAUGUUCUUCCUUUUCUCAAUACACUGUGGUGGCUGACAUCUCAGUGGUUAAAGUCCAAGACGAAGCUCCUAAGGACAAGACAUGUCUGUUGGGUUGUGGUGUUACCACAGGGUACGGUGCUGCUAUCAACACUGCUAAGAUCUCUAAGGGUGACAAGAUCGGUGUGUUUGGUGCUGGAUGUAUUGGAUUAUCUGUCAUCCAAGGUGCAGUUUCCAAAGGUGCAAGCGAGAUUAUUGUAAUUGACAUCAAUGAUUCAAAGAAGGCAUGGGCGGACCAAUUUGGUGCAACUAAGUUUGUCAAUCCUACAACCUUACCAGAAGGUACCAAUAUUGUUGACUACUUGAUUGAUAUCACUGACGGAGGCUUUGACUAUACCUUCGACUGUACCGGUAAUGUUCAAGUAAUGAGAAAUGCACUUGAAUCUUGCCACAAGGGUUGGGGUGAGUCGAUCAUCAUCGGUGUCGCUGCUGCUGGUAAAGAAAUCUCUACCCGUCCUUUCCAGUUGGUUACUGGCAGAGUCUGGAGAGGAUGCGCCUUUGGAGGUAUCAAGGGACGUACUCAAAUGCCAUCUUUGGUUCAGGACUAUCUUGAUGGUAAGAUUAAAGUUGACGAGUUUAUCACACACAGACAUGACCUGGACAACAUCAACAAAGCAUUUCAUGACAUGCAUGCUGGAAACUGUAUUCGUGCUGUGAUUACUAUGCACUAA